ACAUGCUGACAUGAGUUGCUCAGGGUUUCAGUUUGAGAGAAGACAAAAGAACAGAUGACAUAUUUUACAGAAGGAGGUAAAGUUUGUGAUUCUGCUCAUGCAGGUAGAAGCGUUCACUGGACUAUUACUGAUGUCUGAGCUGCUUUACAUCAGGACCUGUCUGCGUACCAGACGCCAUGAAGACUAGAGCACAUGAAAUAGGACUUUUGGUGCUUGUUGUUGCUGUGUUUGUUGAUAAAGUUUCUGUGGCUGUCUCAUUCCAGCACCCAUAAACACCCCCAUUUUCCCCCUUUUGUCUAAAAACAGUUGGAUAUUUCUGGUAUGAGCUGCAGCCAGAUCGGUGAAAGAAUGCACCACAUUUUUUAUUCAAAUGGCUUAAUAACAACCUGACUCUGUUUCUCUCCAGGACAUCAUCUGUUAAUGAUUUUUCAUAUUCUAACCAGUUCAAAGCUGAUAACCGGUUGGACAAAAAAAUACCUGUAGAAAAUCUAAUUACGACACGUCUUUUAGACAUAAGGGUGCAAAGACAAGUAUUCAACGUGACCUGCAGCUCGCCAACCAUCUCUGUGUUCCUGAAUAAUUCAGUUAAAUACAGCUCACCCAACAUACAGAAAAGGAUAAGGUCAGCUGAAAACCUCAUAUUAAGUUGGCCAAGAAUGAAUGACAACAAAGGUGCUAUUUAUGAGAUCCGAUGGAAGAAGGUUAAUGAUUCAUGGAAGAAUAAAACCUUUAAAACUGAGGAUGGCACAAAAAAGGGUAAUUUGGACUCCUACACAUUGCAGCUACAGGAGCACACGGUGUACCAGGUCCAAAUUCGACGAAGGGCUAAGCAAAGUCUCCUCUGGAGUGACUGGAGCGAGACUGCUGACAUUCCCAUUGAAAUUCAACAGCCUGUUGUCCAGUGGAGAGAAAAAACACAUGAACAAAAACGGGAAAUCACGCUGAAAUGGAAUAAUCCACCUCCUGAAGCCUCUUUUGGAGGUGUCUCAUACAUUCUGACUCUGAAUUUACCUUGCGAAAAGACGAAAGUGUAUACAAUUCGGAAGAACACCUUUAACACUGUGGCUACUUAUUCUGAAGCCAGAGUGUCUCUCAUUGCUAUAAACAACGUAGGAAGCUCACCCUCUCAGGAGAUCAUCAUUCCUCCUGUCAAACAUCUCAAAUACUGCCAGAGUGAUUUCCACAAAGAUUCGGGACGAAAACGUAAACACUACUGCUUGGAGUGGUAUAAACUCGAAGAUGGUGAGACCCGGCCAGCAAAAGUAAACAUCUCAUGGUCUGAUACACUUGAAGACAUUAAAAAAGAUAUGGAGAAUUUUGUGCGUUAUUACUUCUUUCUUCACAUGGGACGAAACAAAAAACGACGGACAGACAUGUCAUGUCCUGUUUAUUCCAAAGAAGGUGUACCUUCUUCACAGCCGAAAAAUGUCACUGUUUUAAAUAUCACACAUGAUUCAGCUGUGCUGUGGUGGCAAUCAAUUCCCGUGCAGGAGCAGCAUGGGUUCCUGAAGCAUUAUGUAAUAUGGGUUUCAAGAGAAGGCGACAUUAAAACAGACCACCAUGAAGUGACAGCAAACGAAACCAGUUUCAUUCUCAGGAACCUCAAGCCUGGCUUCUCUUACACACUCAGUAUUGCUGGGAAAACUAAUAUUGGUGAAGGGCCUAAAUCCACUAGGACCUUCUUCACACUCAGUUCUUCUUCCACUGACAAUGGGUUAAUGGUGGCCAAGAUUAUCUUAACCGUGUGUGCAGUUGUACUGAUUUUUUCAAUUGCAUCGUCUAUUGCUAUCAGAAGGCUAAGGAGUAAGCUGUUACCAAUAAUCCCAAGUCCUGUGAUCUCUCCAGCAGCUAUGCCUCAUAUAGACAACCAGAAUAUGAAGCCCCUGACAGAGAAGGUGGACGAUGUCAUUCUCUUGCGCCGUCAUGAUAAGGAUAUACACAGCAGCGUUCUCAAACAGAAACACAUCACUUCACUACAAGACUACGAGGUCAGUGCGGACGAAGACGAGGGAGAUGAGGAUGACGAUCAGGAGGAUGAUGCCGAAAGUCAUUUUACUGGCUUAAUCUCGAGUAGCAUAGCAAGUUCCUUUCCGAAUCCUAAUUAUAAAGGACAGUUGCUUCAGUUUACAGAGUCCCUGGAGGGUACAGACAAAGGGCAAAUGGAAAUCUGCGAAGUCAACACCCCCACAUACAAGAACGGCCUCUUUUUUUAAAAACAGUGCCGUGGACAAUGAGGGGAUAUCAGUGCAAUCAUAACACAUAGUUUACUGGAAUCAUUACUACAGCACUAUGAUCUGAUCUUACAACAAAACACCACUGUGGGAAACUAAAUGGCAGAAUUAAUUUGUUUCAAUCCAACUUUGUUUACUCUACAGAAUCCCUCAGGAGUAGUCUUAUCUUCUGACAGCACUUGGACAGCUAUGUAGAUAGGCACUGGGUGCGUGUGUGCGUGUGUGUGUUUAUAUAUCUCCAACUGCACUCUUCUGCGGCGAAGAAUUGCUCGUAGUUUUGUGGAUCCUUUCUCACUUGUGAGAUUUGUUUUGUUUUAUCCAGUGCGAUAAAGCGCUCUCACGUCUGUAAGUAAAAAGAUAUAAAAGGUCUAUAUGUUGGAAAAUAUAUGAACCAUUCUAGAGCAUGAUGCAAUUGAUGUAUUGAGUUACCAAGUAAUAAAAAAAAAUAAUAAUCAACACAAAGAUUUCUUUGCAAAUUGUUUUGUAGUUUGUCAUUUAACAUGUGAGGUUGGAAAUAACCAGGUUCUGAGAAAUGUUCCGAGAGCUUCUCAUCAAAAAGUUCAGUUGGUGGUGAUUACUCACUCCAACACCCGCUUGUGGUCACAGGUAUGUGUUUACUGUGCAGUCUGUGAGUAAAAUGGCUAAGCUUCAAAGGCAGAAACAUCAAAUGAUUACAGCUGAAUGGGAAAAAAUACGACAUUUAACUACAGAAACAAAAAGAUUUAUAUUAGCAGCAGCAUAACCAUGUGAAACGCAUGUCAGCUGUAGUGGGUUACUGGGCUGAAAAAAAAUCAUUUUUAGCUACACUGAUUUAUCGACAAAUCAGAUAAGAAUCAAGCAGUGGUUUAACCAUAGUUUCAAUGUUAUAUGUGUCAGAAACCAAUAAAUAAACAUGAUGGGUGAUGUGUUCAUGUUGAGUUCUUGAAUCUGAUUGGUCAGACAGGUUUUUUUUUUAAAUAAUUGAUUUCCCUCUUAACUAUGAUGUAGUAUCAUUUGCAAAGUUUGUAUUAAUGAGCACAUUGAAAUAUUUCAUUGUUUUUAUGAUAACAGCUAAUUCAUAGGUUCCACGUAAUUUGGCCCUUUAAAUGUCGUUCAUUCGAACCCCUUCUUCCUUCUUUUAAAUGAAUUCAUUUUAUUUUUAUUUUAUUUUAUUUAUUUACCAUAAUCAUUAUUAUUUGAUUUAUCUAUUUAUUUAUUUUUUUCUUUAACAACAUCUGUAAUUCUUAUCGGAUUUAAUGGACAGCAUGAGCGCUACUCUAGGGUUUUGUUGGUAAGGGCUGGGGGUUUGUUAAAU